GACCAAUGUACUAUAAUGGAUACUAUCACCUAUUCUACCAGUACAACCCAAAAGGAUCUGUAUGGGGAAACAUUGUGUGGGCCCACUCAGUAUCAAAGGAUCUUAUAAACUGGAAAGCACUUGAACCUGCUAUCUACCCAUCUAAACCCUUCGACAAAUACGGAUGUUGGUCCGGGUCAGCCACUAUUGUUCCGGGUAAAGGACCAGUGAUCCUUUACACCGGAAUUAUCGAUGAAAAAAAUACCCAAGUUCAAGUCUAUGCGAUACCCGAAGAUCCAACCGACCCACUUCUUAGAAAAUGGAUAAAACCCGAUGCGAUCAACCCAAUUGUGAUUGCGGGACAAGGUGUUAAUGGUAGCGCUUUUCGUGACCCAACAACUGCUUGGAUGGGUAAAGAUGGACGUUGGAGAAUGUUGGUUGGUAGUAGAAGAAAACAUAGAGGGAUGGCCUACUUGUAUAGGAGUAGGGAUUUUGUGAAAUGGGUUCGGGCCAAACACCCGAUCCAUUCAAAAACUACUACGGGUAUGUGGGAGUGUCCUGAUUUUUACCCGGUUUCACUUAAAGGUAAAGUAGGGUUGGAUACAUCAAUUGAAGGUAAUCAUGUUAAGCAUGUCUUAAAGAAUAGUCUUGACAUGACUAGAUUUGAGUACUACACAUUGGGCACAUAUUUAACUGAUAAGGAUAAGUAUAUUCCAAGUAAUACUUCAGAGGAUGGUUGGGGUGGACUUAGAUAUGACUAUGGUAAUUUCUAUGCUUCCAAGUCAUUUUUUGAUCAAAGUAAGAAUCGUAGGAUACUUUGGGGUUGGGCUAAUGAGUCUGAUUCCCAGGAUGAUGAUGUUAAAAAAGGAUGGGCUGGAAUUCAGGCAAUUCCAAGAACUGUGUGGCUUGAUCCUACUGAAAGACAAUUAGUACAAUGGCCUGUUGAAGAAUUGAAUGUACUAAGAGAGAAAGAAGUUAGUAUGAACAAUCAAAAGCUUGAAAAGGGUAAUCAUGUUGAAGUAGCUGGAAUAACUGCUGCCCAGGUGGAUGUGGAAGUUACUUUCUCAUUUUCAAGCUUGGAUAAGGCAGAGGCUUAUGAUCCAAGUUGGGUAAAUGCACAAGACCUUUGUUCCCAAAAAGGUUCAAAAGUUCAAGGUGGUGUUGGACCUUUUGGUCUUUUGACUUUGGCUUCAGAAAAUUUGGCAGAGUUCACUCCUGUAUUCUUUAGAGUCUUCAAAGCUCCAAGUAAACAUGUAGUUCUCUUGUGCUCUGAUGCCACGAGUUCUUCUUUGACGAGUAACUUGUACAAGCCAUCAUUUGCUGGAUUUGUAGAUGUGGAUUUUGCUACUAAAAAACUUUCUCUUAGGAGUUUGAUUGAUCAUUCAGUGGUGGAAAGUUUUGGAGAAGGAGGUAAAACAAACAUUUUGUCUAGGGUUUAUCCAGUACUAGCCGUGGCAAAUCAAGCUAAUUUGUUUGUGUUUAACAAUGGCACUGAACCGAUCAUUGUGGAGAAUCUCAAAGCAUGGAGUAUGAAAUCAGCUGAGCUGAUAUAAAUUGAAGUAACUUUACUUAAUUUAUUUUAGUAAAUCAAUCCUUAGCAUUAUUAAUACAAGACGUCCAUCCGUCCA